AUGGCUGAAAAUGGCAGAAAAGAAAAAAUAAAAUGGACAACAACUAUUAUUAUUAGCUCAUCUCUUAAGCGUUACGAAGUUGCAACUGCCCUAGAAAAUCGAAGCCACAAGAUUCGGUACUCAGAUUCAGUGGAAAAUGGAUCAAUUAUCUUUUCUCUUUCUGGGCUUGCAUUUUUAUUGAUGGAUGCUAAAGAAUGCUUUAUAUCAGCUGAAGAAAUAUUUCUAGCCAAAAUUGAGAAGUUUAUUAAUAUUCACCAAAAGAGUUUUUUGGUUCUGUCUGCUGCCCUCCAUGGGCCUGAGGAAUGGAAACUGAUGUUCAGGAUUCAGCAGAGAUUCCUGGGUAGUAACUUACGGAUACUUCCAGUACACAACACAGUAAAUGCUAUUAAUCUUAUGUGCACUAUGGCUAAGAAUGCCUCCAAACCAUACACAGAUAGCAUUUGCUAUAGAAUGAUAACAACUGAGGCUUACAUCAUUGAGCAAAGUCCUGUUUGGAAAACACUUCAGAAGUUAAAACUGAGUAGUGAUUCAUGUAACCCAAAUUAG